AGAAUGGUGUGUGAAUUUACUGUUUGUUGUUUUUGUCCAAAUGUUGCACUGAAUUAAGGUAAUGUCUUCUUGGUUCUUAGGUGAAGUUCUAUGCUGUGUUCCUGUUUGGACGGACUUCUGCAAAUAAACAUGAGAGAGUGCAUUUCCAUCCACGUUGGCCAAGCUGGUGUUCAGAUUGGCAAUGCCUGCUGGGAACUGUACUGCUUAGAGCACGGAAUUUGUCCAGACGGAACAGUUGCAGCAGAUAGCUUGGCACCUGCCGACUCCUCCUUCGGCACAUUCUUCAGUGAAACUGGGGCGGGGAAAUAUGUUCCCAGGUCCAUUUUUGUGGACUUGGAGCCAUCAGUUAUCGAUGAGAUCCGUAAUGGCCUCUACCGUCAGUUGUACCACCCAGAGCAGAUGAUUACAGGCAAAGAGGAUGCAGCCAACAACUACGCUCGCGGCCACUACACCGUCGGAAAGGAAAUUGUGGAUCCUGUCCUGGAACGAGUUCGAAAAAUGGCAGACCAGUGCACAGGUCUCCAGGGGUUCCUCUUGUUCCACAGCUUUGGAGGUGGCACCGGCUCUGGCUUCACGUCCCUGUUGAUGGAGCGCCUGUCUGUGGACUACGGCAAGAAAUCCAAGCUGGAGUUCUCAGUGUACCCUGCUCCCCAGGUGUCCACCGCUGUAGUGGAGCCCUACAACUCCAUCCUGACCACCCACACUACUCUGGAGCACUCGGACUGUUCCUUCAUGGUGGACAACGAAGCCAUUUUCGACAUCUGCAAGCGCAACCUCGACGUUGAGCGCCCCUCCUACACCAAUCUGAAUCGCCUCGUAGCCCAGAUCGUGUCGUCCAUUACUGCAUCGCUGCGCUUCGACGGGGCCCUGAACGUGGAUCUGACUGAGUUCCAGACCAAUCUUGUGCCUUACCCACGUAUCCAUUUCCCGCUGGUGACCUACUCCCCAAUCAUCUCCGCAGAGAAGGCUUACCACGAGCAACUGUCUGUUUCAGAGAUUACCAACGCCUGUUUCGAGCCCAACAACCAGAUGGUGAAGUGCGACCCGAGGCGUGGGAAGUACAUGGCCUGCUGUGUGCUCUACCGUGGCGACGUGGUGCCCAAAGAUGUCAAUGCCGCAAUUGCUCACAUCAAGACGCGGCGGAGUAUCCAGUUUGUGGACUGGUGCCCCACAGGCUUCAAGGUGGGCAUCAACUACCAACCUCCCACCGUGGUGCCCGGUGGAGACCUGGCCAAGGUGCAGAGGGCCGUGUGCAUGCUCAGCAACACCACAGCUAUCGCAGAGGCCUGGGCUCGCCUGGACCACAAGUUUGACCUGAUGUACGCCAAGAGGGCCUUUGUGCACUGGUAUGUGGGAGAGGGCAUGGAGGAGGGAGAGUUCAGUGAGGCCAGAGAAGACAUGGCGGCCUUGGAAAAGGAUUAUGAGGAAGUUGGGGCUGACUCUCCAGGAGAGGAUGAUGAGGAGGAGGAAGAUGAAUAUUAAGUCCUAUCUAAAAAUUAAAUAAAAUGUACUUUUGGCAUGGCAAA